AUGCUUCUCAGAGAUGCCCUCAAGCGCCACUGGGGGAUUUGCAAAGUGCGCCUUCAAAACGGGUCAGAGAUACCACUUCUGCCUGCUCGUAGACCCAGAAUGAAGAAACCAAGGGCCUGCAAUCGCUGCGUACGUUUGAAGCGCGCUUGCGAUCGCAGUGUUCCUUGCAGUACAUGCAGUAUACGGAACUAUGAGUGCUCUUAUGAGCGGGCAUUGAGAUUCGCAACAUCAGAGGUUUCAGAAGAUUCGUCACAACCAGAGACGAAUGGUAUAUACCGAGGAGAGAUACCUAACGCUAGUGUUGAACAGGCUGACGCAAUUCCUGUCGCUUUGCAUGACUUCAUUGACUACUCACUUGAGUGGUUUCGAUGUGAGUCCCUACCAUUACCAGUUCUCAGCUUUGAUGCCUGGAACAAUAUCCCCGGAGGCUACCUGCAUCUUGAACACCAUUUUGAUCAGGCCACUUCACGAAAAAAGUUGGUCCUACCAUUUCUGAAACGAUUCACCGAGUCAUCUGGCAUCGCCGAUGGUUUCGACUGCGGCACCGUGGCUCAAAGACGCCAAUUGAACGAAACCGUCGGUGACUCUCCCUGUCAAACUUUGGCCGCCAAAACACGCGAGAUUGUGUCCAUGAUGAAGAGAUCAAUGACUCGAACGCGAUUAUGCUCCGAUGCAGGCAUCGAGUGGUCUCCAGUCGUCGAAAAAGCUUGUCUCGACUUCUUUUCGCCCAGCAAUCUACACAGGUUCUUACGUCUCUUCUGGUCCGGCUGGUAUCCUAACAGUCCGAUAAUUCACAAGCCAACCUUCAAUACCGAAGCUGAACCGCCAGGACUGAUUGCAUCUAUGGCGGUUCUAGGCGCGUGUUUAUCUCCAGACUCGGAUGACUGCGUCCGUGCAAUGGCGUGGCUUACUCCCGUGGAAGAAGCAGUCUUUGCCGACGAUAUCCUGUACGAUGAUUCUAUCAUUGCUUCUUCACAGCUUGUGGGGGAUGAGUCGGUAGUAUGGGAUAAGCUGAAGGCGCUGCAUGCUGCGUAUUUUAUAUGUAUCGCGCAAAACUGGGAGGGGUCAAAAGAGGGGAGACAGCGUGUUCGAAAGGAUCGCUACAGUCGCAUUAUCUCAAUCGCAAGAUCUUUUGGUCUCUACAACCUGAGCAUGGAGAAGCUGGAUACUACGUUUCCUACUCAACAGAAAUGGGCCGGGUUCAUACUCCUUGAAAGCAUGAUUCGGACGGCGACUUAUAUCUAUCUUCUUGACUCCGCAUUCGUUCUCUACUAUAGACUGCCACCGAGGGUCAUAUCACUCGAGCUUAACACCGUCCUAGUCUGUCCUGAGGCUUGUUUUCAGGCAGAAUCAGCCGCAGAAUGCUUCCUACAACUGCACAUGGCUACCAAAGGAAGACCGAACCAAUCGCGACUGACAGUAUCUUCUGCUGUUAGACUUUUAUGCUCAACUCACAACAUGGACCUAAACAUGUUUCAUCACCUAAGUUCCUUCAAUAUGUUCACAAUUAUCUCCGCCCUCUGUUGCCUGGUGUUCCAGUACCAGACCACUCUGAUCGACGCGUCACAGAUAACUCCAGCAGCUAUUGGCCUGAACCGAUGGAUAUGGCUAUGGCAAAGAGGUGGUCAUAUUGCGGUCGAUUCCGACGGCUACUCGAUUGAAGAUAUGUGGAAACGUGUCGGGUUUAUGCAACAUGCCGAUGAAUAUUAUCAUCUUGCUUGCGCAAUGCUUGAGCGAUGGAAGCUUACCGAGAAACAAAUUGGCGACACCUUAGCCGCCUGGGCAGCGCCACUUGGGUCAGUACAGGGUAACCUAAUGUAUGAUGAUGGGGAGAUGAUCCAAGUUAAGGCUCUCAUUCAUAAUAUGGAAAAUAUGACGUAUUGA